ACUUUUAUCUGCACCUCAACAGCGUGAACAGUUCAAAUGGGCUCAGUAUCCUCCAUUCUGCACAAAAAACGUAAAACAUCUGCUAAAGUGGGGCCUAAUUUGCCUGCGUCAUCCACGAGCCAUGCCUAUGACGCUGAAUUUGAUGAAAGCCCACACUUUUACCACAGCGGCCAAUUUCCAAGGUUGCUUCCCCAACCUUCACCACACCCACAUGUCACGGUGAACCACACAUCAUACUUUGGGUGUAUAGUUGUGAGGAGAGAAGACCAUAAUAACGGAAGUUGGAACCAUGAUAUUGUCCAAGUGACCCCCCCAGUGUUGGAGGAAUAAGGGAGAUACAAGCCUCGUACGGCGUAGUACAAAGGCAAGAAGUGGCACAAGGGCCAAAUUGGGAAAGUCCAGUAGUUGAGGUGGCCCGUGCACCUAAUAAAUAGAAAUUUUUUGGUUCCGUCUUCACUUAUAUACGCUGCCAUUGUCAGGCAGACACCUCGGACCUUCUCUCGAAGUCUGAGGUGAGAUACGUUUAUUCUAGAACUUAUGAGUACUUAGCUUAUGUCUCUUUUCAGUUUAUUACUUGCUAGGUACAUUCCUUUGAAUAUUACAGAGCUUCUCUCGAAGUCUGAGUUUAUAACUUGCCCGAGAAGGACACCAUAGGUGUCCCGAAACUCGAACACGAUGGUUCGAACUGGUCCAUUUAUCGGACACGUCUCGAAUGGGCUCUGGCCGACAGAGACUGUGUCGAACACCUCUUGGGAACUGCACCCAAGCUGACGCCUACACCGCCUGCCGCUGCACAGAGUGCACAGGCCAGCUCCGGG